AUAUCCUCGAGUGAGGACUUUUUUAAAAGUGCUAGAAACAGGGGGAAGCACUAAAACCUGGAGAUAAACCCAGAGCCAGAGAAACAGAAAAAAUAAGUGUUCGAACCCUGGCUUCACUCCCGACGGGCAACCGCUGCACGGCUCCGUGGGGUUGUCUGAGCUCUAAGUGGGCUGAUGUGACUCGCAUAGGGACCGGCGUCAUAGUAAAAGCUGAAUAAGUGGCAUAUAGUUCUGACAAAAUGAUACUCAUCCCUCUGCCCCCAACCUGACCCGCAGAACUCAGGCAUUUGAAGCGCAUGAAAAGCCGGGUCGAGCACCGAGCUGCGCAAGGAGAAGUCCCGGGAUGCGGCGCGCAGCCGGCGCAGCCAGGAGACCGAGGUGCUGUACCAGCUGGCGCACACGCUGCCCUUCGCGCGCGGGGUCAGCGCGCACCUGGACAAGGCGUCCAUCAUGCGCCUCACCAUCAGCUACCUGCGCAUGCACCGCCUCUGCGCCGCAGGGGAGUGGAACCAGGUGGGAACAGGGGGCGAACAACUGGAUGCCUGCUACCUGAAGGCCCUGGAGGGUUUCGUGAUGGUGCUCACCGCCGAGGGAGACAUGGCUUACCUGUCGGAGAAUGUCAGCAAGCACCUGGGCCUUAGUCAGCUUGAGCUCAUUGGACACAGCAUCUUUGAUUUCAUCCAUCCCUGUGACCAAGAGGAGCUUCAGGAUGCCCUGACCCCCUGGCAGAGCUUGUCCAAAAGAAAGCCGGAGGCCCCCACUGAGCGGUGCUUCUCCCUGCGUAUGAAGAGCACUCUCACCAGCCGGGGGCGCACCCUCAACCUCAAGGCGGCCACCUGGAAGGUGCUACACUGCUCUGGACACAUGAGGGUCUACAAGCCCCCCGCACAGACUUCCCCAGCCGGAAGCCCCAACUUAGAGCCCCCCCUGCAGUGCCUGGUGCUCAUCUGUGAAGCCAUCCCCCACCCGGACAGCCUGGAGCCCCCUCUGGGCCGGGGCGCCUUCCUCAGCCGCCACAGCCUGGACAUGAAGUUCACCUACUGCGACGAGAGGAUUGCCGAUGUCGCCGGCUACAGCCCCGACGACCUGAUUGGCUGUUCGGCCUAUGAGUACAUCCACGCGCUGGACUCGGACGCGGUUGGCCAGAGCAUCCACACCCUGCUGAGCAAGGGACAGGCGGUGACGGGGCGGUAUCGCUUCCUGGCGCGGAGUGGUGGCUACCUGUGGACCCAGACCCAGGCCACAGUGGUGUCAGGGGGCCGGGGCCCCCAGGCUGAGAGUAUCGUCUGCGUCCACUUCCUGAUCAGCCGGGUGGAAGAGACUGGAGUGGUGCUGUCCCUGGAGCAAACGGAGCGACACUCUCGCAGACCCGUUCAGCGGGCCACCCCCUCUCAGAAGGACACCCCUAAUCCUGGGGACAGACUUGAUGUCUCUGUUCCCAGGAUCCUGGCCUUCCUACACCCCCCUGCCCUGAGCGAGGCCACCCUGGCCGCUGACCCCCGCCGUUUCUGUAGUCCUGACCUCCGUCGCCUCCUGGCACCUAUCCUAGAUGGGACUUCAGUAGCUGCCACCCCCAGCGCACCCCCAGCCACAAGGCGCCCCCAGAGCCCCCUUCCGGCUGAUCUCCCAGAUGAGCUACUUGUGAACAUGGAGAAUGCACACAAAGUCUUGGCUUCUGGGAAAGACCUUGAGGCAGUGGAGACAGAUCUAGAUAUAGCUCAGGAUGUCGAUGCCCUGGAUUUGGAGAUGCUGGCCCCCUACAUCUCUAUGGAUGAUGACUUCCAGCUGAACUCCAGCGAGCACCUACCCAGGGCCUACCACAGACCUCUGGGGGCUGUCCCCAGGCCCCGCGCUCGGAGCUUCCAUGGCCUGUCGCCCCCAACUCCUGAGCCCUCCCUUAUGCCCCGCUGGGGUAGUGACCCCCGGCUGAGCAGCUCCAGCCCUUCCAGAAGGGACACCUCAGCCCCAUCCAUGGCUGGGGCUCGGAAGCGGACCCUGGCCCAGAGAUCUGAGGAUGAGUCUGAGGGGGUGGAGCUACUGGGGAUGAGACCCCCCAAACGGCCCCCUAGCCCAAGACCCACAAGCUUCCUACUGCCUCCUCUCAGCCUGAGUUUCCUUCUGACAGGAGGACCAGCCCCAGUGAGGCAGCAGGAUCCCAGCACCCACCUCCUGGAACUGAAUGAGCCCCUGGGCCUGGGCCCUUCACUGCUCUGUGUCUACCCACAUGAGGAUGCCACCCAACCCAAGAGCCACUUCCAGCCAGUGACAAGUUUGACCCAGGCCCACUGAGCCGGCCCCUCUUCCCAUCUCUCUCCUUCCCAGAAAGGACCUCAACCAUACUGCAAGCUGGCAGCCAAUGCACAGUGGCCCCUGCCCACCUUGGGCCUACCUCAGUCGUCACCCCUCUGCCCCUCCCCCAUCUGGGGGCUCUUGGGGUGGUCUCAGCUCAGUGACCUCUGGGAGGGGGUCCCUGGCCCCCUCCUCCUCCUUCUCUCAGGACUUUUCUUGGGGUUCUUGAUACUGGUUACCUCAUCUCUUCCUCCAACUCUCUUGGUUUUAUCUUGGGUAAUUAGUGAUGGGGAGGUUGGGGUUCAGAUCUGUGUUUCUAGGCUCUGGGGUGUAUUGAUAACCAUAAUCAUAUUUCUUCCCAUUUAUCUUUUAUUCUUAUUUUUAUUUUUGUUGUGUUGAUGAUAUGUUUUUAAUUGCUAUGAAUUGCCUGGAGUCCAUAAGAAUGUGGGACUCCAAUCUUUACCCCACCCCCACUCAAGUGUCAGUGGGGAGGGGAGCCUCUGAGCCAGACCUCCCCGCUACCCAGUGACUUCUGAUUGAGCCCUUAGCCUCCCAAGCAGCGCCCAGUUCUGGCUACCUACCUACCCCUUCCACUCUGGAUUUCUGCUGCCCCAGCCUUGCCUGGACACUGACUGCAUUUGUGGAUCUCCUAUUCCAGGUGUAGCCUCCAAUUUCCUCUGCUUCCAGACAAUACAAUCUCCAACUAUCUCAGUUCUAGAUCACAGAACUUCAGGCCACCUUCCUGGUUCUGGACUGCACAACUCCCCACCUUCUCCAUUUCUAGACUGCACAACAUCCAACCUGGUCUGGUGUAAACAUAGCAUUCUCCAAACCCCUCUCAUUCUAGAUCUCACCAUCUUCAGCUCUUUCUCAUUCGGGACCUCACAACCUCCAACUCUAUUUUUAUACUCCAUGGUCUCCAAAGUUGUCUGGUUCUAAACCUCACAACCUCCAACUUCCUAUGGCUCUAGAGCCUCUGAGCAUCAGAAUCUUCUGGUUCUAGAACUCACUUUCUGGCUUUCUCUAGUUCUAGACCUCUCCUUGUGAACUCCUUUGUUCUAGAUGUCACACUCUCCAAUUCCUGCUGUUUCCAGAUCUUACAACUUAUUUUUCUCUCUGAUUCUGGACCUCACAACCCCAAGCUUUCUACUGGCUUUAGUCUUCCCAAUCUGUAACACAUUUGGUUCCAAAUCCAGACUUCCUAAUUUCUAAAUCUUACGAUUCCCAGCUCAUUCCUUUCAACUUUUUACAUUCAAGAUUUGCUUUUCCCAUCAAAAAGAAGUAAAAUGAAUUUUAUGUCUUGAUCUUAUAACCAGUACCUCCAGAAUCAGACACCAUGCUCCAGGUUUUUUUUAUUCUAGGCCUCAUGACUUCUAUCAUUCACUGGUUCUAAACCACACAACCUCUAGACUUUGCAACUUCCAGGGCCCUCUCCUCCUAAAUCUGAUUAUCUCCAUUUUCUCUGGUUCUAGAACUUGGCCUUAAAUUUAUCUGAUUCCAGACUUCAUACCAUAAAUUCUCUUGGUCCUAGACACAGUCACUAAUUUCCCCUCCAAAUUACCCUGGGUUUAGAACCCAUCCUUCAAACAUCUUAUUAUAGACCUUGCCUUAUAAAUUUCUCUGGCUCUAGACCUUACAAUUCCCUAUUCGUGAUUAUAGAUCUUAUGACUCCAAAAUCCCUCUAGAACUUGGUCUUCAGUUUUUUUCUAUUUCUGGUUCUCACUCUAUAAAUACCUCUGGUUCUAGAUCUCACAGCUGCCAACUGCCUCUGAUUUCAGAUCCAAAGUCUUCUGGUUCUAGAACUUAGCCUCCAAAUGCUUCUGAUUCUAGAAUCUGAACCUCACCCUAUAGAUUCCUCUGGUUCUGAAUCUUACAACCCCUGACUCCCUGAUUCCAGACUCCAACCUCCUAACUUUAUCCUGAUCUUCCCACUCCACUCAACUUGCCCCAAUUCCUACUUUCUUAAGUCUUCUCACUCAAGAUCCCUCUCCACCAAGCUUCUCUGCUCAUGGACUUCAUGCUCAAUCUCCAUUCUCAAUCUCAUAUCCUUGAAAUUUCUCUGUCCUAGAACCCCUUCCACUCCCCACCUCAGCCCUCUAGAUAUGCACUUAGCUUUACUUUACCCCAGGUAUCUGGGGAACCUGGGGCUCCCUCACCCCCUUUGGGGGUUCACAAUCCAAGAGACUUCCCCAGCCGCACAGGUACACGCACAGCUCUAUCCACAUAUCCCAAGGUGGGGAGAGAGGCUAAGACUCCUCAGUUCUCUGCCACCACCCAUGUGUCCCAAGCUCCCUUUCUACAAUGGUUUUAUCUUGGUCUUCCACAGGAAAAGGCCUUUCUCUCUCAGCCCAAUUCACCUCCUUUCUGAAGGGCACUUUUCACUGUGUUUUCAGGGAAUUGCCUGUCCAGAUUGGUGCUACAGGGGGAAAAGGGUCUCACUCCUCCUUCCCUCAGGGGUUGACCUGGGCUCUCAAUAAAGAAAAUUGUGCUAGGGUGGGGGAUGGGAAGGGACUGGACCAGCCAUGCUGGCUGGCUCUGAAACCCACUAAUCUCUAUACCACCAUAAAGACCUUGCCUUGGUAGGCACCAGAA